CCAGGGAGCCCCGCCACGGCCGCGCCCCGGGCACGCUCGGCGGGCGCCCAACGAUGACCGCUCCCUGGCGGCGCCUCCGGACUCUGCUUUGGGAAUACUGGGCCGGGCUCCUCGUGUGCGCCUUCUGGAUCCCGGACUCGCGCGGGAUGCCCCACGUCAUCCGGAUCGGAGGCAUCUUUGAGUAUGCGGAUGGACCCAAUGCCCAGGUCAUGAAUGCCGAGGAACAUGCCUUUCGGUUUUCUGCCAACAUCAUCAACAGGAACAGGACCCUGCUGCCCAACACAACCCUGACCUACGACAUCCAAAGGAUUCACUUCCACGACAGCUUUGAGGCCACCAAGAAGGCUUGUGAUCAACUGGCCCUGGGCGUGGUGGCAAUCUUUGGGCCCUCACAGGGCUCUUGCACCAAUGCCGUCCAGUCCAUCUGCAAUGCCCUGGAGGUGCCCCACAUUCAGCUACGUUGGAAACACCACCCACUGGACAACAAAGACACCUUCUAUGUCAACCUAUAUCCUGACUACGCCUCCCUCAGCCACGCCAUCCUCGACCUGGUGCAGUACCUCAAGUGGCGGUCGGCCACUGUGGUUUAUGACGACAGUACAGGGCUCAUCCGCCUUCAGGAACUCAUCAUGGCCCCAUCGAGAUACAACAUCCGCCUGAAGAUCCGCCAGCUGCCCCUGGACUCGGAUGAUGCACGGCCCCUGCUCAAGGAGAUGAAACGUGGCCGGGAAUUCCGUAUCAUCUUUGACUGCAGCCACAUCAUGGCCGCACAGAUUCUCAAGCAGGCCAUGGCCAUGGGCAUGAUGACCGAGUACUACCACUUCAUCUUCACCACUCUGGAUCUCUAUGCACUGGACUUGGAGCCCUACCGUUACUCAGGGGUGAACCUCACUGGCUUCCGCAUCCUCAACGUGGACAACCCCCAUGUCUCAACCAUCGUGGAUAAAUGGUCUGUGGAACGGCUGCAGGCAGCACCCCGUGCAGAGCCUGGCCUGCUGGAUGGGGUGAUGAUGACCGAUGCAGCUCUGCUGUAUGACGCCGUCCACAUCGUGUCCGUGUGCUACCAACGUGCCCCCCAGAUGACUGUGAAUUCCCUGCAGUGUCACCGGCACAAAGCCUGGCGCUUCGGCGGCCGCUUCAUGAACUUCAUCAAGGAGGCUCAGUGGGAAGGAUUAACUGGACGGAUUGUUUUCAACAAAACCAGUGGCUUACGCACGGAUUUCGAUCUGGACAUCAUCAGCCUGAAGGAGGAUGGCCUGGAGAAGGUUGGGGUGUGGAGUCCUGCUGAGGGCCUCAACAUCACAGAAGUUGCUAAAGGUCGUGGCCCCAAUGUCACAGACUCACUGACCAACCGGUCGCUCAUUGUCACCACCUUGCUGGAGGAGCCCUUUGUUAUGUUCCGCAAGUCCGACCGGACCCUGUUUGGAAAUGACCGCUUCGAGGGGUACUGCAUUGACCUGCUUAAGGAGCUGGCUCACAUCUUGGGCUUCUCCUAUGAGAUCCGGCUGGUGGAGGACGGCAAGUACGGAGCGCAGGAUGAAAAAGGCCAAUGGAAUGGCAUGAUCAAGGAGCUCAUCGACCACAAAGCAGAUCUGGCUGUGGCUCCCCUGACCAUCACCCAUGUCCGAGAGAAGGCCAUCGACUUCUCCAAGCCCUUCAUGACCCUGGGUGUGAGCAUCCUUUACCGCAAGCCCAAUGGCACCAACCCCAGCGUCUUCUCCUUCCUCAACCCCCUAUCACCAGACAUCUGGAUGUAUGUGCUCCUCGCCUACCUGGGGGUCAGCUGUGUCCUCUUUGUCAUUGCGAGAUUCAGCCCUUAUGAGUGGUAUGAUGCUCAUCCCUGCAAUCCAGGUUCUGAGGUGGUGGAGAACAACUUCACUCUGCUCAACAGCUUCUGGUUCGGCAUGGGCUCCCUCAUGCAGCAAGGCUCUGAGUUGAUGCCCAAAGCCCUGUCCACACGCAUCAUUGGUGGCAUCUGGUGGUUCUUCACGCUCAUCAUCAUCUCCUCUUACACGGCCAACCUGGCCGCCUUCCUGACUGUGGAGCGCAUGGAGUCACCCAUUGACUCUGCUGAUGACCUGGCCAAGCAGACCAAGAUCGAGUACGGGGCUGUCAAGGAUGGAGCCACUAUGACCUUCUUCAAGAAGUCCAAGAUCUCCACCUUCGAGAAGAUGUGGGCCUUCAUGAGCAGCAAGCCCUCGGCACUGGUGAAAAACAAUGAGGAGGGUAUUCAGAGGACACUGACAGCUGACUAUGCGCUGCUCAUGGAGUCCACCACCAUUGAGUAUGUGACACAGCGCAACUGCAACCUCACCCAGAUCGGGGGCCUCAUCGACUCCAAGGGCUAUGGCAUCGGCACCCCCAUGGGCUCUCCGUAUCGGGACAAGAUCACCAUCGCUAUCCUGCAGCUGCAGGAGGAGGACAAGCUGCACGUCAUGAAGGAGAAGUGGUGGCGUGGCAGCGGGUGCCCGGAGGAGGAGAGCAAAGAGGCCAGUGCUCUGGGCAUUCAGAAGAUUGGAGGCAUCUUCAUUGUCCUGGCUGCUGGCCUCGUCCUGUCCGUGUUGGUGGCCGUGGGCGAGUUCGUGUACAAACUCCGAAAAACUGCAGAGCGGGAGCAGCGUUCCUUCUGCAGCACUGUGGCGGAUGAGAUCCGUUUCACCCUUACCUGCCAGCGUAGGGUCAAGCACAAGCCUCAACCUCCCAUGAUGGUCAAGACUGAUGCCGUCAUCAACAUGCACACAUUCAAUGACCGCCGGCUUCCAGGCAAGGACAGCAUGAGCUGCAGCACAUCUCUGGCCCCUGUGUUCCCUUAGGCACAGUGCUGGGGACUCCAGGCCUGAGGCAGGACAAAGGAAAGCAAAGGAGACUAGAAGGAAGGUCCCCUGUCCCCUCCUGGCCAUGGGGAUCAGAGCUGCUGCCUGUCUGGUGAGCCAGGAGCCAUCUGCCCUUACCUCCUUGGAAACCAGCAGCCCCAGGCCAAUUGCUGGGGCUUCAUUCUCCUUUCAUUUCCUCUAUGGGUUUCUAAAGCUGCCAGUCAAGAUAGCCAAGGCCAAAGGAAGCACACGCCUCUCUCAGGCCAAACCUACCUGCCCUUCAAUAGCCCUGUAUGGUUAGAAGCAGCUUCCGCAGCCCCACAGAGGCCAAAGAACAUGGAAAACAGCUCUUCUCUCCAUUCCUUCCCUAUGAGCCUGGGCUUUCUGGGGCUUGACCAGGAGAUCAGAAUUACAAUCCUUGGGAACUUAAGGAUCUUAGAAUGCAGCUGCCAUUGGGAGUUAAAGAUGGGGAAUAGCCAACCCACAUGCCUAGACUGAGGGAAGACUUCAGCUCUCAGAGACUACAUAGUUCCUGUCUCCUGGACUUGGCAUCACCCAUGGCAGCCCCUAUUUGAGCAGAAUUAGAAGCAGAGCUUUAUUAGGAAAGUUCCAGAGAGGAGUUUGCGCUUCGGAGAUAGGAGAAUGCUGCCAUCAUAGACAAUAUCUUCGUGGCUCCCAUUCCACUAGGAAGUGGGACAAAUCAGAGAAAAUUUUCUUUAUGGUUUGAGAAGAGAUGACCCCUUAAUUUCUCACAAAGAAUUCCCAGAGACUCAGCUGGUAUUUGAAGCCCAAAGGAGCAAUGACCUCUAGGGGAGUCCCAAUGGCAAAAGAGUCAUUGGAUCUUCCUAUGUUGGUCAACAAGCUGCUUUCUAAACCCUGAGAGAACUGGGGAGCUGAGGCUCCUUCACAUCUAUCUACUCCACAACAGCUCCUGGUGGGCCAUGACCUACUUGUGUCGGAUGGAAGAAAAGUGGCUUAAACUCAGUGAAAGUUAUCACCUUCCUCCAGAGAGAAGACGGAGUCUUGCUUCACAGGCUACCUUGGGGUAGAAGGGAAAGUUAGAGGACCCAAAGGAACUAUUAACCUCUGAACUUGUCAAGCCUAACACCCCAGAUAAAAGUUGUCAUAAUGGUUGAGCCCCUGAGUGUGAGGGGGAGAAGCUGCCUCCUGGAGAAUUAACCAAAGAGCUCACCAGAGACACAAGGCCAUCUAGGCCCCUGGUCUCUUGUCCAUAGCAGCUGGGGACCCCAUGGGGCAUGGUGGUACAGUAGAGAAGGAGUAGCAGAUGAGAGGUUUCAGUAAGGAAUAGACCAGCUGGCUGUUAUGGAUGCUUUGAGACUCUGGAAAAUGUGUAAAACAGGCAAAGCUCAGGAGCAAAGUGUCCUUAAAGAUAACAGAAUGGGCCAGCAAGGCUGCCCAUGGUCAAGGCCAGAGGGCAGUCUUUGAGCAGGGAUAUAGACUGGAAACUCUCUGAACAGGGACCCAGGAGAGAGCAACCAGCCCACUCCCAGAGGAGGCUGAGCAUGUAAGUCUCAAAGAUCUUCACUGAAGUGAAGGGUAACCUCUAGGUCCUCCCAGGGACUCCCCAAACAGUGAGCACUGUGAGAUCACCAGAUACAUACAAUCCCCCUCCAAACUGUUAGCUUCAGACCAAAUCAGCCAGUUGCCAGCAUCACAGCUGCUACAAUAGGCUGCAUAUGCAGGAUAGGGAAGAGGGAUGGUCGUGCAGUGUAGCCAACACAUGUACCACGAGGAAAAGCCAUGCUAUGGUGAGUUUCCACAUGCAGACACGUAUGUGCUUUGCUGGGUGUCUUUGAAGGAUGAGCUUUGGUAACUAAGUAAAGGAAAGAUUUGGACUUAGAAAAGAGUCCAGGGCAUGCAAUAAGAAGAGAAUUCUUUGAGUUCUGGCUGUGUUUAUGUGUGUUUGUGUGUGCGUGCACACACACACAUGAGCAUGCACACAGUUAUACCUGUAUAAUACAUAUAUACAUAUAUGUAUGCUUGUGUGUGAAUUGGGGAGAAUGGAAAUGAAUCUGGCAAACAAUGCCCCGUACCUAUUGAAAACAGAAAAAGCCAUGUUGAGAGGAACUUGGGUGAGUAGUAUAUGGACUGCUGUUUACUGGAAUUGUGUGCAUUUGUGCUCCAAAAGGCAAAGAGGAAGGAUAGGACUAAACCUGCAGCAUUGCCAAAUAUGUCUAAAAGGAGAAGCCAUAUCAGCCAUGUGGGAACAUAAGCCCACUAUGCAUAAUGCUGAUAUGUGCCGGAGGCUGCAGAGGCAAGACAUAACUGGAUGGAUGGGCAGCAGGUCAGUGCAUGUUGUGUGAGAGAAGUCAGAGGAGGGAGGUUGUGAGUGUAUGGAAGUCUGCUCGCCCAUAUGUUCACAUACAGCUUCCAGCGCACAACAGGGCAGAGAUGGACAAUCAGGAAGGCAGGGAACCACGGUCUAUUUGUUCUUGCACCCUGGGGAGAGAGCACUUGUCACCACGAUUUGCCAGGAUUGUAUUGUUGUCAUGGCAGGGGAACUGGCUGAGUGGGGGUGACCCCCAUUGGGGACUCGUGGCUGUGGCACUGCUGUUCUCAGCUGCAUCUCAUUGGAAGGAAAACAGUGUGUCCCAGCAGUCCCAGAUAGCAGGAAAUCUAGGGUUAUGUAGCCAAUCUCAGUAGCCAGUGACUAGCCGUGGUCUGCCUUUCUCAGACAGAACUUCACAGUGCAUGCACGCACCAGAGAGUGUGGCUUUGUGUGUGUUGCUCCAAGAAUAUGCCCUGUUUUUUGAGGCUGUGAGCUUACAUUGGCAUUGGUGGGAAGGAAAGGAAGUGGCUUGGAGUAGGGUGAGGUCUCAUCAAAGAGAAA